AUGGCGUCAAUGAUUCGGGGUCCGGUGCCUGGCCAGGCCUUUGCAAUCCACGAAGAUGCCCCUACAGACGAAGCCGAGAUGAUUGACGAGUCGGAACAAAGGACGGAGGAAGUCAGGCCAGAGUCUGAAGGUGCUGUGAGCGGGGAGGAGGGAGAGGAAGAAGAGCCCUCUGAUGAAACGGAGAGCUCCGACGAUGAAGUCUCUGCACCGGACCACGUCGCCCAGGACAUGGAGAAGCUUCAGAGGAGCAUCCCAGGAUUCAAGGAGAAGUACCGGUUAAUCAAGAGAAUUGGCGAGGGCACGUUCUCGACAGUUUACAAGGCGGAGGAUCUCCAGUAUGACAAGUAUAUCAACCACUGGGACUUUGAUGAGAAGGAAAACGUCAAGUGGACGCCCCCACCGCUUAAAAGGAAUCGAAACCGAAGUCACCCGUCCCAGUCGGAGCCACGCCGACGGCCCAAGUAUGUCGCCAUCAAGAAAAUCUACGUCACUUCUAGUCCAGCGCGCAUCUUCAAUGAGCUGGAGCUCCUCCAUGUCCUUCGCAACUGUCCUUCUGUCUGCCCCCUCAUCACUGCUUUCAGAUCCACCGACCAGGUCGUUGCCAUCCUACCCUACUUUCGCCAUGCAGACUUUAGGGACUACUUCCGGCAGAUGACUGUGGUCGACACGGCCAUUUACCUGCGCUCCCUCUUUACGGCGUUGGAGGCUGUCCAUGAAGCCAAGAUUCUCCAUCGGGAUAUUAAACCUACCAACUUUCUCUACGACCCUUCGACGAAGAGGGGCGUCUUGGUCGACUUUGGUCUCGCCGAGAGGCAAGGCACUGAAUCCCGGCCAUGUCUCUGCCACGAAAGCCCCACCGUCCGAAAACGCCGCGCGGAGUCGAGCGUAGCUGGCCAAGCCGGCCCUCAACAAGGCUACCCCAAGACUGACACCCGGCCUUCGAGACGUGCCAAUCGUGCUGGCACGAGAGGGUUCCGCGCCCCGGAGGUUCUAUUCAAGUGUACCGAGCAGACGACCAAGAUUGACAUCUGGUCUGUUGGCGUCAUACUCCUGACCAUCCUCAGCAGGCGGUUUCCCUUUUUCAACAGUGCCGAUGAUGUUGAAGCCCUGAUUGAAAUCACCACGAUUUUCGGUUCCAAGAAGAUGAAGGCGGCCGGCCUCCUGCAUGGCUGCGUCAUGGAGACCACCAUUCCUACGAUUGGCCUGCAUGGGUUCAAUCUUGAAAAGAUCAUCUUGUGGUCCACUUGUCGGACGGACGGUGGCAAGGACGGCCAGGGACAGCCGCUUGAUGAUGAUGAGAAGCUUGCUGUGGAGUUCUUGAACCGCUGUCUGGAACUUGAUCCUAGUAAGCGAAUCAGCGCAAGUGAAGCGUUGAACCAUGAGUUCCUUCUUUUGCCCGAGCGUGACCUGCAUGCGUCAGUUGAGAUUGGGGAUGACGUUGACGAUGAGAUGGACAUUGUUCACGUAUGA